AUGGCAACGCAGCCAUCGAAACAGCUCUAUGUCCAGAGAAGUGCUCUCUCGAUGAGGACCUUCUCCACAGGCCGCGCGAGCUUCUCAGAAUUGGUUGCGACCACAAAGCCGAAGAAGAAGUCUUUCUUCCCGACACGUACCAGCAACUCGGUGGCCUACUGGCUGCUUGGCAGCGCCGCCAGCGUGUUCGGCAUCGUCGUCUUUGGCGGUCUGACACGCUUAACAGAAUCUGGGCUGUCAAUAACAGAAUGGAAACCUGUUACAGGCUCGUUGCCGCCGAUGAACCAGGAAGAUUGGGAGUCCGAGUUUCUCAAGUACAAGUCCUCUCCCGAGUUUGCCAUGUUGAACAGCAGAAUGACACUGGAAGAGUUCAAGAGCAUAUAUUGGAUGGAAUGGAUUCACAGACUAUGGGGCAGAGUCAUCGGCGUCUCGUUUGUGCUCCCUGCAGUAUACUUCACGGCCAGAGGGAAGAUGACAGCCUCUAUGACGGUCAAAGUCUGGGGUAUCGCUGGCUUGAUUGGAUUUCAAGGGUUUCUCGGCUGGUGGAUGGUCAAAUCUGGUCUCAAGGAUGACCUGUUUGCGCCAGGAAGUACGCCACGCGUGUCACAGUACCGCCUGGCCACUCAUCUGGGAACUGCUUUUAUUGUCUACCUCUCUAUGGUAUGGAACGGUCUCACAACUCUUCGGGACAACUUUCUGCUCACCAAGAUGAAAGCCGCCGAUGCCAGCGCUAUGCUGAAGAAGCUGCAGGACCCGGCUUUACGACCUUUCAGACGGGCGACCGCUGGAUUGACGGCUCUUGUCUUUGCCACUGCUAUGUCCGGCGCGCUCGUAGCAGGCCUGGAUGCCGGGCUUAUCUACAAUCAAUUUCCAUGGAUGGGACAGGGUCUUACUCCACCAAAGUCUGAGCUUUUCGAUCCAUUCUAUUCGCAUGUGCCUGCGGGCGCCAGUGGCAAGCAUUCAGAUCUUGUUUGGCGGAACAUGUUUGAGAAUCCAUCCCUUGUCCAGCUCGACCAUCGAAUCAUGGCCACAACGACGUUCACGGCCGUUGUGGCUCUGUUCGGAUGGACACGCUUUUCGACAGUCCUGAAGCAUCGUCUGCCCAGCUCGGCGAAGAGAGCUGUUCACGGCGUCUUCGGAUUCGCGUCGCUACAAGUUGUUCUUGGUAUAAGCACGCUCCUGUAUCUGGUACCAACGACGCUGGCUAGUGCCCACCAAGCAGGUGCGCUGCUUUUACUUACCUGGACGUUUGUUCUUGGCUCGCGCAUACACGCCAGUAAGCACUCGCUAAGUCUGCUGGAGCGAGCACUUCAGAACGGACGGUUGGGAGUCCAGACCACGAAGAAGGUAUCGACCGUGUCCCCAAUACGGACCAAGACUGCGUUCAGGAAGGCGGCGGAGCCUCAACUACAAGGCGUGCUACCGGCAUAG